CAAGGCGGGCGGCGCGGGCGACAUGACGGACAACAUUCCGCUGCAGCCGGUGCGCCAAAAGAAGCGGAUGGACAGCAGGCCCCGCGCCGGGUGCUGUGAGUGGGUGCGAUGCUGCAGUGGAGGGGAGCCCAGGCCCCGCACUGUGUGGUUGGGGCAUCCCGAGAAGAGGGACCAGAGGUACCCUUGGAAUGUCAUCAACAACCAGAAGUACAACUUCUUCACCUUUCUUCCUGGGGUGCUGUUUAACCAGUUCAAAUACUUUUUCAACCUCUAUUUCUUACUUCUUGCCUGCUCUCAGUUUGUUCCUGAGAUGAGACUUGGUGCCCUCUAUACCUACUGGGUCCCCCUGGGCUUUGUGCUGGCCGUCACUGUCAUCAGAGAGGCUGUGGAGGAGAUCCGAUGCUAUGUGCGGGACAGGGAAGUCAACUGCCAGGUCUACAGCCGGCUCACGACGAGAGGGACAGUGAAGGUGAAGAGCUCCAACAUCCAGGUUGGAGAUCUUAUCAUCGUUGAAAAGAACCAGCGGGUCCCUGCUGACAUGAUCUUCCUGAGGACAUCAGAAAAAAACGGGUCUUGCUUCCUGCGGACGGAUCAGCUGGACGGCGAGACAGACUGGAAGCUGCGGCUCCCUGUGGCCUGCACGCAGAGGCUCCCCACUGCGGCCGAUCUCCUUCAGAUUCGAUCAUACGUCUAUGCAGAAGAGCCAAAUAUCGACAUUCACAACUUUGUGGGAACUUUUACCAGAGAAGACAGCGACCCUCCGAUCAGCGAGAGCUUGAGCAUAGAGAACACGCUCUGGGCUGGUACUGUCAUUGCGUCGGGUACUGUCGUGGGUGUUGUUCUUUACACGGGCAGAGAACUCCGGAGUGUCAUGAACACUUCAAAUCCUCGAAGUAAGAUUGGCCUGUUUGACCUGGAAGUGAACUGCCUUACCAAGAUCCUCUUUGGUGCUUUGGUGGUGGUGUCGCUGGUCAUGGUCGCCCUUCAGCACUUUGCUGGGCGUUGGUACCUCCAGAUCAUCCGCUUCCUCCUCUUGUUUUCCAACAUCAUUCCCAUCAGCCUGCGUGUGAACCUCGACAUGGGCAAGAUUGUGUACAGCUGGGUGAUUCGGAGGGACUCGAAAAUCCCUGGGACUGUGGUUCGUUCCAGCACCAUCCCUGAGCAGCUGGGAAGGAUUUCUUACUUACUCACGGACAAGACAGGAACUCUUACCCAGAAUGAGAUGGUUUUCAAACGGCUCCAUCUGGGCACUGUGGCCUAUGGCCUGGACUCAAUGGAUGAAGUACAGAGCCACAUAUUUAGUAUUUAUACCCAGCAAUCCCAGGAUCCACCUGCUCAGAAGGGCCCCACGCUCACCACCAAAGUCCGGCGGACCAUGAGCAGCCGUGUGCACGAGGCCGUGAAGGCCAUUGCGCUCUGCCACAAUGUGACUCCUGUGUACGAGUCCAAUGGUGUGACCGACCAGGCUGAGGCCGAGAAGCAGUACGAAGACUCCUGCCGCGUGUACCAGGCCUCCAGCCCAGAUGAGGUGGCCCUGGUACAGUGGACCGAAAGCGUGGGCUUAACCCUGGUGGGCCGAGACCAGUCUUCCAUGCAGCUGAGGACCCCUGGCGACCAGAUCCUGAACUUCACCAUCUUACAGAUAUUCCCUUUCACCUAUGAAAGCAAGCGCAUGGGCAUCAUCGUGAGGGAUGAAUCAACGGGAGAGAUUACGUUUUACAUGAAGGGAGCGGAUGUUGUCAUGGCUGGCAUCGUGCAGUACAAUGACUGGCUGGAGGAGGAGUGUGGAAACAUGGCCCGAGAAGGUCUGCGGGUGCUCGUGGUGGCGAAGAAGUCUCUCGCAGAGGAGCAGUAUCAAGACUUUGAAGCCCGCUAUGUCCAGGCCAAGCUGAGUGUGCACGACCGCUCACUCAAAGUGGCCACCGUGAUCGAGAGCCUGGAGAUGGAGAUGGAGCUGCUGUGUCUGACGGGGGUGGAGGACCAGCUGCAGGCGGACGUGAGGCCCACCCUGGAGACGCUGAGGAAUGCUGGCAUUAAGGUCUGGAUGCUGACGGGGGACAAGCUGGAGACAGCUACGUGCACAGCGAAGAACGCACAUCUGGUGACCAGAAACCAGGACAUCCACGUUUUCCGGCUGGUGACCAACCGCAGUGAGGCCCAUCUCGAGCUGAACGCUUUCCGCAGGAAGCAUGACUGUGCCCUGGUCAUCUCUGGAGACUCCUUGGAGGUUUGCCUCAAGUACUAUGAGUAUGAGUUCAUGGAGCUGGCCUGCCAGUGCCCAGCUGUGGUCUGCUGCCGCUGCACCCCCACCCAGAAGGCCCAGAUCGUGCGCCUGCUCCAGGAACGCACCGGGAAGCUCACCUGCGCAGUGGGUGAUGGAGGCAAUGAUGUCAGCAUGAUUCAGGAAUCUGACUGCGGCGUGGGGGUCGAGGGGAAGGAAGGCAAACAGGCUUCCCUGGCUGCAGACUUCUCCAUCACGCAGUUCCAGCACCUCGGCCGGUUGCUCAUGGUGCACGGCCGGAACAGCUACAAGCGCUCAGCCGCCCUCAGCCAGUUCGUGAUCCACCGGAGCCUCUGCAUCAGCACCAUGCAGGCUGUCUUUUCCUCCGUGUUUUACUUUGCCUCCGUUCCUCUCUAUCAAGGAUUCCUCAUCAUUGGGUAAGGAAAUCUAGGCAGGGUAUUAAUUUUUUAUGAAACCUCCCUAAAAUGCCACAGAUGAGAGAAGAAACAUGGUGUCUAGACUGUUUGGUCCCCAAGUUGUCCGCGAUGCAGUUCAGAACCUUCUCGAAUUUUCAUUAGCUUUUUUGAACUGGCCAGCCUGUAACCAGAUUGAGGAAGUAGAGUCCAAUAUGUUUGUGGUUCAUAGCACUUGGCCGUCUGUACCUGGAGAUGGAAAAAUGUUUGCCCAUGAGAGUCUGAGCUGAUCGGUGAUUGGCAACCAAAGCAAGAUUGAAGGUUCAGACUCAGUGACUUCAUUGGGGUCUUAGAAAAAGUGAAAGGGGAGCCCUGGAAAGUACCCUCCCUGCUGUGGACCCCGGUAGAACGUUGUGCCGCUGGGUCUGUAAGGCGGGGCCAGAGCCUUGCUCUCUUGGGGGAUGCGCCUAACGGACCUUCAUUGCUGUGUGCCACUGACCUAUUAGACUAGGGUGUCACUUGGACAUUUGCUGCCUUCAAACCCAGCCCCAUUCCUGACUUGGAAUUCAUGACGUUCCUUUUGAUCCUUCAGAGAAUGUGCUCAGUCUGUGAAUUGCCCAGGUAGGUGGAGUUUGGUUACCACACACCCUAGACGGAGACGCAUGUAGGGUGCACUCCUGGUCGUGAAGAGGUGGGAAGCAUAGAAAGGCCGGCUGACCCCGGGGGAGAGUCUUACGAAGGAUGCCUGCCUUCUUUUUAUGUUGGCCCAUUCGGUCUGAGAGUCAGCAGUGGAAUUCUGCUUGCUUCUAAUUGGACAAGUGGACUGUCUUUUAUCAGGUCCCAGAAGAACGAAAGAACAUGCCAGAGUGUAGGCAGGGGCUCCCUGUGGCCUUCCAUGACUGGACCCCUUGUCCCUCUCUGUUCCCGUUUCCUUCUCUCUGCCCCUCACUCACUCAGCUCCAGCUGCAGUGGCUGCCUUGCUGUUCUUCAACCAAGUCGCACUCUCGCCUCAGGGCCUUUGCACGCGAUGCUCUCGCUGCCUGGGAUGUUCUUCCCUCCAUUUGGGCAUGACUGCCUCUCACCUUCUGUGGGUGUUCACUCAAACA